CAUUUUGCGUACAGAUACUGCUGCCAACAUAGAAUGUUUCAAUGAGCAAUGCGCAUGUCAUCCAUCUGUCGAAGCAAUACAGUACUUUUUGUACCUUUUCUGCCUUAAGCUUUCGCACUCUGCUAAACUGGGGUGUGUUUAGUAUCUACUUCCUACACCAACGGAAGCACCAUUAUCUGUGUUAUUUGCUCUAUUGUUUAGUAAGAUUGGUGGUGGAAUCAAAUCGACAAAACGUUUGCUGAAUUGUGGUAGAUGGAUUCGCAGCCGUAGUCUUACGGUACGAAGGUGUAUAUCCUUGUAUUGAAGCUUCCUCUUAGCCUCGCCGUACGGAUGCAAUCGGUAUCUACAAUUUGCAUCACAAAGCUAUAGUGAAUAAUUUGUGUAAAACUGUUUGCGAAAUUCGGCUUUGUGAAACUAUCGUCUUAGUGGACGUAAUACACUAGUGAAGGAAAAAUAAUGUGCUGUUCAAUCUAAACCCUCUAUAACACCAUUCGUUAAAGGUAUCAUAUUCCAAAGACACGAAAUGGAACAUCGAAUUCAAAUUGUAACAGCACUAAGUACGGUGUUCCUGUUGUUCAAAAUCGGUGUUCCUGUUGUUGGUGAAAAUGUCACCUCCAUCGUACCACCAACUAUGCAAAGCAUCCCCGAUACAGUCAACACAACGGCCGGUCUAAUACAUACGACUCAACAGCAUCAGUAUCAGGUGUAUACAACCUCGACUGCACAGCUGAAUACUCUACCUACGGAACAAACGGGUUCUUAUACGAUUGCCCAACCAAGUGCUACCGUCGUAGGGUUAUACGCUACCCCGACUAGCGAUAUUAUACCUUCACAACCGUCGCCAGUUUCGCCGCUGUACAUAUCAAACUCAUCUGUUUCCUUUGCUCCAACAACUCAAACAUCGGUACGUCCAGAUUUAAUCGACAGCAUGCCCGUGGACGUUACGCAAAUCGAGGAAAAGCAGCUUGGUCCUGGAGGACCUAACCAGGUUGAAAGUGUUGGCAUACAGCGGGCCCUGUGCUGGUUGAGGGAGAAACGAUUACCCGACUAUAGUUGGGGGAAUGAUACGCACAUGGUGAUUCUGGCCAAAGAACUGUCCGGAGCCCGCGAUCCAUCGGACAAUGAUAACCCUAUACAGGCGGUAUCGGAUCUGGAAAAUUUGCUGUCCAUCAAGCAGAUGGACAUUGAGGUAUUGACGAUGCUUGAUCGGCAUCAUGCCACGGCCAAGCUACCUCACACGGAUCACAUUGCCAAGUAUAUCUUGGCUAUGGGAGGCCUCUGUAAGGAUGCGCGUCAUUUUUACGGCCACGAUUUGGUGGCCGCUCUGGAACAUCACGAGCAUGAUCAGGGGCAGGAAUAUGAAUUCGCUUUGACCGCACUUGCCAUAUGCAGUUCUGCAACACAUGUGCGAAAGCGUCAGAUACGACGUCUGUUGGAUAUAGCUAGCGGUGAAGUUAAUGAUGUCGACACGAUCGCCAUGGUAUUACUGGCCCUGCGCUGCAUCGUAACCGAUCAUCGACAUCGUCAUUUGCAGCACUUUGUCCGCCGUCCAGCUCGUGGUUUAGCCAGCUUGCAAGGACCGCAGGGUAGCUUUGGAUCACUUCGAAGCACGGCGCUAGCUAUGCAAGCCCUGCAAGAUUUGGAACCAGAUCCAGCCGGCAAAUGGAAUCGUACUGCCGCGUCUGAGUGGCUACUGGCAAAGCAACGUACCGACGGGGGCUGGACAGAGGAACCUUUGCAAGAUGGACAGGAUCCUAGCAUUGGCAUUGGAUUAACGGCCGAUAUUGUUCUUGCUCUCGGUUGGCGAGGAUUGGGAGCGGUUCGUGCUCUUCAAUGUGACCAUGUGAUGCGUGAAUCCAACGAACCAUCCGAAAAUGGAGAGCCCAAGCUAGCAGCACCGGUUGGUCUCGGUAUAUCGCCCAUAGAAGAAAUGGAACCAAGAAAUGUUUCAUACACCUACACCCUAUGGGUGGGUACGAACGAAACGGAAGAGUAUUUCCUCGAUUUGACUUCACCGAAAAAUACUACAUUUUUCCGAGCCAUGAAACAAGCGGCAGAAAUUGAUCCAAGAUUUUCCUUUGAAGCACGUGAAUGGCCCAACGGACACUAUGUCCAUACUCUGGCUGGAAUGAAGGAAGAACCGAAAAGCUAUCACUUUUGGCUGCUUUAUCGCUUACCCGAAAGACCGGAUACAAAAAAUCCUCCAGGAAAUCAAUUAAUAGCUCCGCUAGGAGUUGAUGAGCUGUUAGUAGAAGAUGGAGAACAUUAUCUCUACUGGUACAAGAAGCUAUAAAUAUCGUUUUGCUUCAUCAACCAAUACGAAAAGGAUAGUAAGCAAUAAGCGACCACAGCAAACUUUAACGCCGGCGAUAACAACAGCAAUAAAAUGAAGGCAACACAUUUAGAAAGAGAAGUUACGGCAGCUAGCAAGUUGCAGCACACCGGAACGGACAAAUCCUGCAAUAUUUCUUACAGUAGAGACAAGAGGGCAGCAAGCUUUAUUCAUGAUUAAAUGUGCACAACGCUAUACAUCCUCAUGAUGAACAGUGUUUCAAUUUAUCUAACACAAUGUACGUUUCGUUUGCCACCUCUCAUUGUGCAGGUUUUAGAAGGUCGAAAAAGCGUGUGCGAACCCCGACCGAAAUACAAAUAUGUUUAGCACGUACUGCUCCAUAUUUUUAGGCAUUGCUAUAAUUGCUCAACAGUUAGAUGCGUGGUUUUUUUUUGCUCAAGUUGAUUGCAAUUUUAGUAGAAUACAAGCCAACACUACAAGGUAUAGUUAAAUACAAAGAUAAACGCCAACGGGACGAAGAACCUGAAAAGUAACAGCUUUCUCUCCGGAUACAUGCAUGGUACGGAUGAGAAAGAGAGAGGAUAAAAUAAAUUGUGGACCAUCCGUUAAUGAGUAAAGAAGAGGGAAGCUAUGAUAGCUACGGUAUGAAGUACCAUCUUGCAAUAGCUAGACGGUUAGAUCAAGAUAUAAGCGUAUACAAACAAUUAUACAAAAUAUACAUAAAUAUCUAUAUACAAAAACCGUAAAUGAAUAUAUACACAUAUACAUAUACAGUCAUAAAAUAUAUACAUACGUACAUUGCAAAUGCCGAACCACCAUAGAGACAAGCAUAGGGCAAAGGAGGAACGUAUGACCACCGUGCUUGUAUGGUCUCCUACCAUGUGAACGGAUGAGCGCUUUUGCAUUUUUUUUCAAAAAAGUUGACAUAAACGCAUGUUUAAUAAUGUGAGUUAUUGCCCAAAUAGCACCAGCAAGUGAUGCGCUCCAAAUUGACAAUAAUUAAAGCAUAAAUAAACAUGGAAGCAAGGUGCAACGCGACACAAGAUGUACGGAUCAUACUCAAAGUAAGGCGUGAUUGAGAAAAGGAUGUAGCUUAAGAAACAGUGAUCAGACAAAAGGGAACAACGAUUUGUUGCAAACCAAGUAAUUGAACGAAAAAACAACGGUGUAUUGAACUGCGUAAAAAAUUGUUUGAACUAAGUGAACGUUUCACUGAAUGCACACUAAAUCGGCACAAAUAGUUGGGGACAAAGUAGAAAGAAACAGUGGAAGCGCGUUCGAUAGCCAUCUAUCAUUCCAUGCUCUCAUUUGGAUCUGCUAGCACGUAAUCAACAAAAUCUGUAGUGUUAACCAAUGUAACUGUAGUGGCAUGCUAAAGACAAUAUAAUUUAUAUAAUAAUGGGACGCUGCUCAAAUAGUGUGUGAAAUGCAACUGUUUCGCAUGUUAGUACAUUUCCCGAAUUUUUGGAAAAGGGGUAAAUGGCAUUAACACACUGCUCGGUUGUUGAUUUUGAAAUUAAACAUAUAUUUUGCCAUUUCUAUAUGCAAACUAAUUUGAACUACUGCUUAUUUGGACCUAACCUAACGCAUAAUAUAUAAUAUGCAGUACACCGAUGAACGGAGAAAAACACAUAAAGCAACAAAAGCCAAACGUAGGGUCCAUCAUGAUACUAAAAAAUGAAAAAAAAAAACAAAAAACCAUCCCACAGCAACUGAAACGAAGAUGUCUUUCGAGAACAUGCUGUAAUUUCGCGGAAGAGGAAAGGAGUAGCAGCAAGGCGUUAAUGAAGCAUAGCAUAGCAUAGCAUAGUAACUAAAAAGCCACGCCACAAAUGAUAAUGACAAACAUAUUAGCAAUGAACUGUACACAUACAUAUGUCCUAACAUUCCUGAUAACUUAUUUGAUUAACAUUAUUAUUAUCUAUAUUACAGUUAAUGAACCAUUGCCAUACCAAGACAAACUACCACAGCAUCCAAUAAAAGUUGGCACCACACAAUUUAUACUUCAAUUUGCAAUUAAACCUUAAUUAAGUUUGACUGUUAUAGUCUCAAAAACCCCACCAAUAACAAUGUGAAACUAUGUAAAUCGUCCAUCUAGAAGAUUAACUAGUAUCAUAAAGAAAAUAAAACAAAGAAUAUUGCCUGCCUAAUAAA